GGUAGUUUACCCUUGAUUAUUUGACUUUAUCAGUAAUUUUUGUAUUAUAUUUAUUACAUAUCUGCCUGUGAGAAAUUCAAGAUCUCGGAGCAUUGGUCGUUGGAAACAGAAUUUAACUGAACCAUUCAUUUUGUGAAAAUGCGACACGCACGUGAGGUGACAUUUGCGAGACUCAUGAGGACAUUUGCCGCAGUUUCAGACACCCAGACCGUCGCUUCAAAACACAAAACAGCACCGAAAGCAGCAGACAUCGCCAACAGACUCCGGAAAGAGAAAGAGAAAGAAAAAGAUGACAAAAACGAGGUUCCGGUGUCCCCUCUCCAGUCCAGAGUGAAUGAACUCAAGCAGUUUUCUCAGCAGCUGCAGUCUGUGCACCCGAGUGUGUUCGCAAAAGCCCUUUACAGGAGCUCCCUUUAUGAAGACCAAAACAUAAUCGCCAUAAAUAAACCAUAUGACGUUCCUUUGCAUAAUAUAAAUGGCAUCAGAAACAGUAUCGCCGAGUGUCUGCCUUUGCUGGCAAAGAUCACGGAUAAUAUGCGACCUGGAUCACAGUUACAUCUUUGCCACAAACUGGAAAAAGAAACUACUGGAGUUUUGAUCCUGGCUAAAACAGAGGAAGCUGCUGAACAUGUCCAAACGCUCAUCCAAUCACACAAAGUGGAAAUGAAAUACUUGGCAAUCACUGUAGGUGUGCCUGUUCCAUCUGAAGGAGUGAUAGACAUUCCUGUUAUAGAGAGAGCAGUUGUGGGACCUCAGCCGCACUUUAAGAUGGCUCUGAGUCCGCUGUUUAAAGUGAAUGAGGAUGGAGAUGGAGUGACGAGAGUGCGAGCUCACAGACAGGCACAUGCUGCAGUCACACGGUAUCAAGUUCUGGACAACACCAGCGGCUGCAGUUUAGUGGAACUCCAGCCUCUCACAGGUGUGAAAAACCAACUUCGAGUGCACAUGGCUUUAGCGUUGACCUGCCCCAUUCUUGGUGACCAUAAAUAUUCCCACUGGAGCAAACUAGCACCCCAGAAGCUGCCUGAGGGUACGCUGCGCCGGCUGGGCCUGGUUCAGAGUAAAACACGAUACCUGCCUCUUCAUCUACACUCCCGAAGGAUCGUCCUGCCAGGAUUCAAAGGUCACAGAGACAUUACGGUGUCCUGUCCCCUUCCCAAAUACUUCAUCAACGCAUUGAAGAGGCUGGAGAUCCCACUGCCGGCAAAAGAAUGAGAUCUAUGAUCUCUUCUUACUUUUGCAUCGAGGACUGGAUUUGACAUGGUUGAAACUGGACCUUCUGCUCAGAUGUUUUGUAUGAAAUAAAUAAAAGACCAAUAAAAAUGUUCUGCAAACUAAAGAUAUAAUCAAGUCUUCAUUAGUUAUCAGUGUCAAAAAUAAACAAACCCAUAUCCUUUAAGGUGAAAUACUUGCAUAUAGAUUUAUAUAAAGACAGUUUUUUAUAAUUAGACUUUAACUGAUUACUUGACAAGCAAUCAGAAUAAUUGGAAGUCACAAAUGUAAAAAUCUGUUGUUAAUUAAAGGGUAGGGCUGCAGUAUUAUGAUACUAUGCUCUUGUGUAGACCAUCAUUUUAUACUGUAUUCAUGCAAACAGGAUGUUAUGUCAUGGCUCUACAGGCUGAACUUCAUAUCAGUCCAUGACGAUACAGUAGUGAAUUAUGCUAAAGAUCAAAUUAAAUUCUGAAACGCCUUUGAUUGA